GAAUAAGGGGAUCAAACUUAAAACAAUAUUCAUUCGACUUCCUUUGGUGGUAAACAACAUGACCAAACAAACGGAGGCAGGGUCAUGUGCGGCCCUUACCUUCUUCACUGACUAUGUCUUCUUGUCUUUACCAUCUUUAUUAUGCCUUGAUCUUUCUUUAUGUGACACGGGCAGUAGUCUAGCAUAUCUGUAGAUAGUGAAAAGGACAAUAUCGGUAGGUUUGUAGCAGCAGGUGUGAGGUGGCGUAUUUUGUUUAGAUAAUUGUGGAAUGUAAGGGAUGCAUUUUUGGGCCUAUCUUUUGAAUAUCGCUGAAAUUGCGCGCCACCUACCAUAUACGACUACUGAAUUACAGUAUAUAUGAAUUAGUGAUAAGUGGGUCAGAACAGGGAGUGGUAAGUCACCUCGCGGGUGUACGAGCCUCGUCACAAGAAAGGGACAUGGUUCUUCAGUAUUUUAUAUUGAAUAGGAGUGAGCGUGGAGGUGACUCCAGCAUGGCCAGGUGUGCCCUCUGCCAUCUAGUGUUCCCAUCCCGUCUGCAGUUAGUGGAGCACUUCAGUGAGGCACACAGCAUUGCUAGGCAAAGGUCUAGACGCUCCAGAGUGGUAGAGGCCAUCAGGAAAGUUACACUUGAGGCACAUGUUCCUGAAGUGGUUACUGUGAGUGAUCAGGAGGAAGAGCCCAGCUUCACCUUAACCUCCAGACAGCCACUCUCGUGCUCCAGUUGUGAAACUUUAUUUGCCACACCAGCAAGUUUGAGGGAACACCAGUGUGUCAGUGGGGAUGAGGCUGUGCCCAAGAAACAGCCAGUAGUCUGUCAGUACUGUGGGCAGAAGUGUAAGGACCGACGCGGGGCUGCUAUCCACCAAGCAUUUUGUGAGAAAAAGCUUAUGAACCUCCCGGACCUCACUUCCAGUCACCUUGAGAAUAAUAAUAUUCCUAAAACUAAUAAAUGUGUGGCAGUGUUACCAGAGUGUCCUGCAGAGGACUGUGGAGCAAUAUUUAAGACAGAAGACCAGCUGACAAGGCACAUGCAGAGACACCAUGGAAAGGAGUGUCAAAGUGUUGCAGAUAUUAAUCUUAUUCCCUCACAGCAACCCCCAGCCACUAAGAUGUCCACAGAAAUCAGUCCCCGGUCAGUUCAGCCGCCCCUUGUGACUGUCACCAUGAAACCACAUGUGGGGAAAACAGAAGGACUCCAAGAUCUCUCACUCCUCAUAACUCCAGCAAAAGUGACGGAAGAAUCUCCAGAAUACCUUUCAUAUGAUGAAGAUAAUUAUUCUUCACCUAAAGAGAGCAGCAGGAAGGAAGGGCCAGCCAGCAUCACCGUGGAGGAGUACCGGGCUCUGGAUGCUGCCUCUGGGAUCAAGUGCGAGUCAGUUCUUUAUGUCACCGAGGAUGGAACUGUUUUGGAAGCAACCGAUGUGGAGGAUAGCAGCCCCAUAGAUGUUGCAAGAGAGGAAGAAACCUAUAUCAUUGUGACCAGUGGUGACAAAGGUAGAGUUGACAAAAAGUGGCAAUGUUCUGUUUGCCGAAAGUGUCUCGUGAGUCAGGACUCACUGAGUGCCCACAUCUCUGAGAAGCAUUCAUUACUUGAUAGUGAGAGUAUGCAGAUCAAACAUGAACCAAUGGACACUAAGAAUGAUAAUAUGACCCAAGAAGAUAUGGAGGAGCUGCAUGACAGAGGUGGUGAUGAUGAUGAUGAUGAUGAAGAUUGGGAAUUAGUCACCUUAGGGAGAAAGAAGAAAACUGGAAUAAGUGUAAAUAUUAAGAAGGGAAAAUUAGAAUAUAAAUGUAGCUUAUGUAAACGUCACUUUCUCUCUGAAUUAGGUUAUCAGACUCAUGUUAGAAAUAAGGAAUGCAAGACUAAGAAAUUCAAAUUACCAAGAAUGUUUUCAUGUCAUUUUAAACAAUGUGAUUCCACAUUCUUUAAAUUGACGGAGUUGCAGAGACAUUGGCAAAUUGCUCAUAAGUACUCUAUGGCAUGUAAGAACUUAAAAUUUGAAGAUGAGAAGUCUUUCACAGAUUGGCUCAUCACUGAGGAGGAGAAGCACAAGGUGAGGUUUACAUGUGAUGUAAAACGACGCAAACCUCACCGCUCAGAGAAGUUACUUGUUUGUCAUAGGUUUCACCACCUGCGGACAGCUGCAGCACGGAAGAAUGCCAACCGGGAAUACUCUGAUAGGCAUAACUGGGUCCACAAGAUCCAACCAUGCCUGUGCUAUGCUCGUCUAAAAGUUUACCAGCAAUUCAGUAAAGAGACAUGUGACUAUACGGGGAAGAUAUCAGUGGUGUACUAUCAUGAACACUCACACCCAAAAAACACCCAUUUGGAGGAUCAAGAGGAGGUUCUGGAACACGUGCUCCAGCGCAAUAAACGGAACAGAGACAAACAAUUUCAAGACCUAAAAGGCAAUGAGAAACUCCUUCAUCGCCAAAAGCUGGAAAGGUUGGCCCGCCUUGCUGGGAGAGAGUCUCGAAUAGCCAGGAGUACAAGGAUAGCAGAGUGUGCUGGGAAGCUGGAGAACAUAACUGCCAAUGACAAGGCAGAUGACCCUUCAGUACAAGUAGACCACAACCUUAUGGAGUCAGAUGAGCUUUUCUCCUCAGAGGUAGAGAUGGUCCUUGAUGGUCAGUUUGACAUGGGCCCUGAAGAGCUGGCUGGGCCUGUCGUCACUCCCUUGGACAGCCUUCAUAUCUUCCCAAAUGACCGAGGAAGUCAGGUUACCUUCAAGGAGGAGGAGCAAGGGAUUAGCACAAAUGAUGACCAAAUGCAGGAACAACAAACAUGUCAGGAGGAAGAGGAGGAAGUGGAGAGAGGAGAAACUGAAGCCACAGUACAAGCAGUCCUGCCUGCCACCAGCGAGGAUUGGGCCAAGGUUUUUGAGAUGGUGCGGGCACGUGUGGAUAAGGAGGAGGAUGCAGCUAUCAAGGCUGCAGCUGCACUUCUGUUGCCUUAUGAGAGAGUGAUAGAACUUGUGACACCUGCAGAACAAGUGCCUAUCUUUCGCCAGCUGUGGGACUUGGCAUGCCCUUCUCGUCAAUCACAUGAGGGUUUUGACUUUGAGAUCAUGGUUCUGAGAUAAGCCAUCUGAUGCUCUCAACCUUGCUCUUGUGAGUUUCCAAGCUCUCACCUCAUCUCUGGAGAACUUGUGGCUCAAGUGAGAGCUCAGAGAGCAUUAUAACCAGACCUUUCGUAACAUCUGUGGCAAGUCUACUUAGGUGUCCUCCAGGAGACUGGCAAGCUUUCACAGUGAGGGGAAUCUGAAUUUAAAUCUGUCCUGAGACUGUGACUGCCAUUCUGUAUUUGAUCUGAUGAAAGUUUCCUUUUAUUUUCUAUGCCUCAUUCUUACCACUUCCAGUCAUAAUGCACAGUGUACAUCUUCAAGCACUAAUUUAUCUGCUGUUCUUGAGAGUGCACAACAGAACCCCAUCACUUGAGUUGACUGGUAACAAAAUAAUGGGAAAAGAUCACAACAUGCCUCCUCCUCCUCCUCUUUCGCUUUUAGAGAGUCAUCUCUCACUCAUUGGUUCCAAUACAAUAUACUGUAUAUGAUCAAAUAACCUAACUAUUCAUUGAUCAGUCUGUCCUUUUUCCUUCCACACAGUAGCAACCAGGCUGGUUUCCUUUGCCUGCAAUGCAUGGUAAUGUGUGUGUGCUUCACAUAGUAAUACAGUACCAUCACACUGGAGGUCAAGCAGUCUUAAGGCUAUUCUGUGAACAAGAGGGUUGUGGUAAGUGAUGUCAGAGAUCUGUGUAUAUGUAUAUAUAUAUGUAAUAGGCUGACAUCUCCAAUAAGGAAGUAGCCUUAUUGUUUAAGAGUAAUGCUUAUUUAUUUUGAUUAUUUAUUGGUAGUCAAUGACAGAUAUGCAUUUUGUGUGCCUAUAACCUGUAUAAAAUAAUGUACAAAACUUUAAUACAAAGUUAAAAAC